CUCUGUCCUUUUUCAUUGCUGGGAUUCCGUAGGUAGCGACGUAUGACUGUCGUACUUUGAGUCCGCUAAGAGCCUUCAGGUGCCAGUAAGAUCGGCAACUGCCGGCUCGAUGACCCCGCCCGAUUGUAAGCUUGGUUUUCCCGUCAACAUGAUUGGAGUCCUCACACUGUGUUUGACUAGCCGGCGCUCAAGGUCAUGGACUUCUCCGUUUCCUCGCCCGCCCAGCGCAUGGUGAGGUACGGAGGUGCUGCCGACCCCGCGUAUGACACCUCAGAACUUGUGCACUGUAGCCUGGCGAUGAGUGACAUUCAGCCCAUGUCGGAGGUAUACGUCCGGCUCUCAGGCUGGAUGUGCUACUAGAGGGCGAAGGGAUUUGUGGCAUAAGCCAGGAGGAAGGUAGAGUGACACGACGAUUAGCGGCUAGGCUAACGUAUGGUCGGUCAAGUGUGGGAAGUGCUCGUCUAUGGCCAACUUUAUGGCUCUUUGU